AAAUCUCCCUCCUACGUUACACCGCACUGCCGCUCUUUCUGGAGUUUGUUUGCUUGCUUUCACGACUGUGUUGCAUUAAAAGACUGUUGCGGUCGGGCAUCCCUCGGUUCUGGUCGUCUUUACAUAUUCAGUGCUGGACUUCCGAAUAAGCAGCAUGCGAUUUGCCCUCUUCUUCGGCCUGACGGCCACGUUGGCGGCGGCUCUUCCUCAAUCGACAUCGGAAGGACAGUCCGAAGCAGCUCAGCGAGCGGAUGCAGUGAAGGAGGCCUUUGAAUUUGCCUGGUCCGGAUAUUACAAAUAUGCCUUUCCUAACGAUGAGCUGCUGCCAUUGAACAACACCUUUUCUAACUCGCGCAAUGGAUGGGGAGCCUCCGCGGUCGACGCUCUGUCCACCGCCUUAAUCAUGGGCGAGAGAGACAUUGUCCACCAGAUCCUCGAGCACAUUCCCACAAUCGAUUGGAACGUCAGCGCCGACGACGAAGUGGUCAGUCUCUUUGAGACCACGAUUCGUUACCUCGGCGGUCUUCUCUCUGGCUACGAUCUCUUGAAUGGUCCUCUCAAAGACAUGUGCGAAGACCAGAGCAAAGUCGCGGCCCUCCUCGAUCAGGCCAAGAAUCUAGCGGAUACUCUGAAGUUCACCUUUGAUUCGCCUUCCGGCAUUCCGGAUAACUCGCUCUAUGUGGGCAACCGCAGUGUCAACAAUUCGAUCACGAAUGGCCUGGCGACCGUGGGAACUCUUGUGCUGGAGUGGACUCAUCUGUCAGAUCUGACGGGAGAUGAUACCUACGCGAAGCUUUCGCAAAAGGCAGAGAGCUAUGCUCUCCAUCCACAACCUCCUUCUUCUGAGCCGUUUCCUGGCCUGCUCGGUACUGAUAUGUCGAUCGAGAAUGGAACGUUCCUGGACGCCCGUGGUGGUUGGAACGGAGGCACCGACAGCUUUUACGAAUACUUGAUCAAGAUGUACAUAUACGACACCUCACGAUUCGCCGAGUACAAAGACCGCUGGACCACAGCAGUCGACAGCAGCAUCAAAUACCUCGCUUCCCACCCCAUUCCCCGACCCGACCUAACCUUCCUCGCCGCCUACCGCGGUCAAACCCUCCGCAACAUCUCCCAGCAUCUCGGCUGCUUCGACGGUGGGAACUUCAUCCUCGGCGGGCUCGUGUUAGAGGAGCAGAGGUACAUUGACUUUGGUCUUGAGCUCGUGAAUUCCUGCGAGGAAACGUACAGACAAACCCUCACCGGCAUCGGCCCGGAAGUCUUCUCCUGGAACACCACCAACCUCACCUCCACGCAACAAGAAUUCUUCGACCGUGCGGGUUUCUGGAUCAAAGACGCGGAAUACGUCCUCCGCCCUGAGGUCAUCGAGAGUUUCUACUACGCCUACCGCGCGACGGGCGAUAGCAUUUACCAAGACUACGCCUGGAACGCCUUCCUAUCCAUCAACGCAACCUGUCGCCAAGGAUCCGGCUUCACAGCGGUCGAAGACGUGAAUGCCCCAGGUGGCGGCAAUUCUUCGAAUUUUCAAGAGUCGUUUUGGUUCGCUGAGGUGUUGAAGUACAGCUACUUGAUCCAUGCCCCGGACGCGGAGUGGCAGGUUGAUUCGAAGGGAGUUAAUCAAUAUGUUUAUAAUACGGAGGCGCAUCCGUUUAAGGUUGCUGGAACGCCGAUUUAAUGUCUGAGACAGGCGUCGAGCGGGCACACAGUCUGCGUUAGGAGAAUCAGGAGAGUCGUAGUCGUUGGCAGGUGUGUUGAGGUUGGCAUAAAUGAACUGAAUGCACGCACGCCUUCAGAAGCCCGGGAAGCCAACGUACCUGGACGCCUGUAUAAGCCGUUCGACGACCGUGCAUGUACGGUCAUUCGAGGAUGCAGG